AUGGGGGGUGGUGGCAUAGGCGGCGGAGGAAUGGACGGCGGCGGAAUGGGCGGCGGAAGCAUGGGUGGCGGCGAAAUGGGCGGCGGCGGAAUGGGCGGCGGCGGAAUGGGCGGAGGCGGAAUGGGUGGCGGCGGAAUGGGCGGCGGCAGCAUGGGUGGCGGCGGAAUGGGUGGUGGCGGAAUGGGCGGCGGCGGAAUGGGUGCCGGCGGAAUGGGCAGCGGAAUGGGCGGCGGCGGAAUGGGCGGCGGUGGAAUGGGCGGCGGCGGAAUGGGCGGUGGCGGAAUGGGCGGCGGCGGCGGAAUGGGAGGGGGAAUGGGCGGACCUGGGUCCUCUGCUCCUGGAUCACAAUCAUCCAUGGGUCCUGGGGGGAACAUGGGCGGCGGCGGCAUGGGAGGAGGCGGAAUGGGCGGCAGCGGAAUGGGCGGCGGCGGAAUGGGCGGCGACGGCAUGGGCGGCGUCGGUAUGGGUGAAGGUGGAAUGGGUGGCGGCGGAAUGGGCGGUGGCUUUGGCGGACCUGGGUCCUCUGCUCCUGGAUCACAAUCAUCCAUGGGUCCGGGGGGGAACUUGGGUGGCGGCGGAAUGGGCGGCGGCGGAAGGGGCGGCGGCGGAAUGGGCGGCGGCAUGGGCGGACCUGGGUCAUCCGCUCCCGGAUCACAAGCAGCCAUGGGUCGUGGGGGGGACAUGGGCGGCGGUGGAAUGGGCGGCGGACAUCGCGAAAAGGGGAAGCAGCACCCGGCCAUGGUGGACCUGGGAUGGGCGGAGGGAUGGGCGGAGGGAUGGGCGGAGGGAUGGGGGGAGGGAUGGGCGGAGGGAUGGGUGGAGGGAUGGGCGGAGGGAUGGGCGGAGGGAUGGGCGGAGGGAUGGGCGGAGGGAUGGGCGGAGGGAUGGGCGGAGGGAUGGGGGGAGGGAUGGGUGGGCCUGGGGGCAACAUGGGAGGCGGUAUGGGCGGACCACAGUAGUCUCUUGCUCUAA